AUGGCAAAGAGUAAUCAAGACAUGUCCUCUAAGAGACAUUUCCACUGGACAACAAAGGUUACCAAUGAAGAUGAUACAUUUCCAACCUUAAACUCUUCAAACUCUACUGAUCAAGAGAAACAGGAGAAUCCUCCACAAGUUCAAGCCUUCAAAUCUCCCGUCCCCGACGAGGAGGAGGAAAACGACACUGCGACGGGCAAUCAAGAGAAGCCCCUACAAGUUCCAAUUUCCAAGUCUUCCAUCCUGGAUGAGAAAAAGGGAACCGAUACUGCAACGCGUGAUCAAGAGAAAAAUGAGAAGCCCACGCAAGUUCCAAUCUUCAAGUCUUUCGUCCAGGACGAGAAAAAGGAAAAAGACACUGUAACGCGCGAACCUGCAGGUCCUCCAGGCCCAGGGCUGGUGGCAACAAGGAAAAAACUGCAAAAUAUUGCAGUUUCCAGGCUGCGGUCUGUCCUGACAGCGUUAGGGAAAUCACCAGCCCGUGGUGACGGCCAACAAGCACUUGGAUCCCGAGUAGUCGGCACCCUCUUCGGGUACAGAAGGGGACAUGUCCAUUUUGCGUUUCAGAAAAAUCCCAGUUCAGAACCAGCUUUCUUGAUUGAACUGGCCACUCCAAUCUCAGGCCUUGUUAAAGAAAUGGCGUCCGGCCUGGUUCGUAUCGCCCUGGAAUGCGAUAGGGAGAUGGAGAAGAAACCGAUGAGGCUCCUGGAAGAACCCCUGUGGAGGACAAACUGCAAUGGGAAGAAUUAUGGAUUCGCAACAAGGAGAGAAUGUGGAGAAAAAGACUGGAAAAUAUUGAAAGCUGUGGAGCCAAUUUCAAUGGGGGCAGGGGUUUUGCCUGCAGAAAACAAUGGAGAUUUUGGUGCAGAAUCUGAUGGUGAAAUAAUGUACAUGAGGGCUAAAUUUGAAAGAGUUUUAGGAUCUAGAGAUUCAGAGGCAUUUUAUAUGAUGAAUCCUGAUAAUAAUGGGGCUCCUGAGCUUAGUGUUUACUUGCUUAGAGUCUAA